GCGGGCCAUGGGGGGCGGGGCUGAGUCCUACAUUCAGCAUCUAUGGUCGCGGAAUGCUGGACUUGGGAGCGUGCCCGCAAAGUUACCCCCCCCAGGAGAGCACUUCUUCUAGGGGAUUAUACAAUGCGGGGAGGAGCUACCAGCGCUGCCGGGGGACCACAGAACUUGAGGAUCAGGGCCACACUGUGCACAACGAACUGCACAGUGGUGGUAAGUAUGACAUGUUUGCUAUUUAAAAAAAAAUAAAAAACGAAGCCUUACAAUCACUUGGCUUUAAGAAAAUAAAAGGUUUUGUCUAGAGAUAUACUUUAAAAUGAGACAGGCUAUAGUUCCUGCUUUGCAGCAUUAGGCUUAUUAUUUUCUCUACAGGUUUCCUUAAAACUGGUAGGACAAGUACUGUACCCUUAAUUGCACAAGCCUAUAGGAAUGCUGUCACUUCUCCUAUUAGUAAUGUGUCUGUUUUGGUCUUAUGCAGUUACUAAGUGCCUGAUUUGUUUGUUCAAAUAUCUCAGCAACCACGCUGUCCUUAGAUCAGAUGCAGGAAGCAUAGAGAUCCCAGUUCUACUUACAAAAUAUUCACAAUACAGGCCUACAUUAAUUGAUUUUCCAUCUGAUCAUGUUUCUGAAGAAGUGCUCUGAGUAUUCAAUCCUUGCUAUCAUCCCACUGGCAGUAUGGAAUAUUGUCGUCAAUAUCCUCUUAUACUUUCCUAAUGGAGAUAACACUUAUGCAGCGAGCAACCAGCUCACUAACUACGUCUGGUUUUUUCAAGGAAUCUGUUUUGGGGGCAUCAUGAUGAUCAUUAUAGCCACAGUACUUUUACUUGUGGAUUUCUAUAAAUGCUGUACCUCCUGCUACUCAGGGAAAAAUAGAUAUUAUGUACAUUUUCCAAAGCUGGGAUCCAUGACAUUUGCUGCCCUGGGUAUGUUGUUUUCAGCAUAUACAUUGAUCAUCUCUGCUCUGGGAAUAGCACAAGGCCCAUACUGUAGGACUGUAGAUGGAUGGACGUACCCAUUUACCAACACUGCCGGGGGGUAUCUUUCAGAUUCUACUACAUGGUCACAGUGUCUGGAGCCUAACUAUGUGAUACAGUGGAACCUCAUCUUAUUUUCCAUCCAAAUUGUUCUCAGUGCUUUACAAGUGAUCAUUUGCUUCUGUAAAACAAUAUUUGAUUUAAGAGAUGUAUUUUGUGGGACUCACAGGAUCUUAACACAGCCUGAUAACCUAUGAAAUAUGAAUUGAAGAACGGAAUGAAUUCUGUUAUUCCUCAAAGCUAAACUCCGGGAUAAACAAACUUUGUCUAAGUAAAAGAGGGUUAUGUAUUGUUACUUGAAUCUUGGUGUUUUUGAGUAUUACUUCCAGAUCUGUCCAGUAACCCACCCUGAAAAUUUGCCUCUGUGGAGGAGCUUUCUGUAACAAAGACCAGUUACUGCUGUUCUCACCCCUUGUGCAGGGUGACUGGUCUUUUAUCUGCCCCUCCUAUAGUUUUGUGCAGGCAUCCCUUAGUGGGUAUCACUGUUGGGCCACUCCCACUGCUCUGCCCUCUACUGUGCAACACAUUAAUGAUGUCACUGCUGUAUUUAUAUGGUAAUAUUUGUAUUUGCGAAGACAUUUGAUGCUCAUAAAGUGGAAUUAUUUCCUGUGUAGCUUUGAGUAUAUACUUCAUAUAUACAAAAACAAUGGGUUUGACCUCAACUGGUUUAUAUCAGAUAAGUAGUCUUUUUUAUUAUUAAAUCCUUAUUUUAGCUUA